AUUUUCUUCAACCUUCUUUCUUUCUUAUAUUGUUUAAAAAAGAACCGUUUUUUAUUAGCAUUAAUUAUAACGGAUUAUCUUAUUCUAUUCUGCUAUUUUUAUUUGACAUGUCCGAGCUUGAAUCGGGCGGUGAGUUCUAUGAUGCAUUAAAUUCACCAUUACCUGUCAAAAACGACUCUCGCUAUAAUGAAACUGGCUUGUAUAGACGACAAGAUAAUAAACGUAAUUCAUUUUUUCAAAAUAAAGAAUCUACAUGUUCUGACCACAAUCAAGAUUCGUUGGCAACAUCGUCCAAUGUAAAGUCUAAUGCAUCCCAUCGACGAACGAAGAGCAUAAGUUUUGAAGAGUAUAGUUAUGGAAGUAUGGACCAUCAUUCUUUAUCUUCAAGUUUUAAACGGCAUUCUAGAGUACAUAGUUGGUCAGAAACAAAUCUGAGUGCUACUUCUCCUUUCUCUUCAAUACAUAGAAAAAGUCAUGAAUCAAAUAGAAGCUCAAUUUUAGUUGGAGUUCAUAAUUAUUUUCAUCCACCAAAUACUGAAACACCUCCACAUGGAAAAUCCUAUGUGAAGAUCAAAACAAAAAUUACAACUAAUAAAAAGUUCAAUCGAGUUGUACUCGCUCAAACAUUAGUUACAGAUACCAGUGAGGUGAUUUUACCGUCAAUAGAUAUAAAGGAUGAAGUCGUAGAGAAUAAAAAAAGGCCGAUAAAUGCUGUUUGGAUAUGUCAGUUUAGUAAAGAUGGAAAGUAUAUGGCAACAGCAGGACAAAAUUGUGUGAUCCAUGUUUGGAAGGUAUUAAGAGAUUUUAAAAGAAGUAAUAAUAUUGAUGUACAGGAUAUGAUGCCUCAUGAACCAUCUAUUAAAGUCUUUCACGAUUCCCCUGUAAGAAAUUAUACUGGCCAUACUGCGGAUAUUUUGGAUAUAAGCUGGUCGAGAAAUAAUUUCUUAAUUUCAGGUUCAAUGGAUAAAACAGUGAGACUAUGGCAUAUAUCUCAAAACGUAUGUUUAUGUGUUUUUAAGCACUCAGACCUCGUUACAAGUGUUCAAUUUCAUCCAAAGGAUGAUCGGUUCUUUUUGUCAGGAUCAUUUGAUGGUAAAAUACGUAUCUGGAGUAUUCCUGAAAAACGGGUAGCAUUCUGGAAUGAAGUACCUACAGAACAUGUUGUAACAGCAGUUGCAUUCACGUUAGAUGGUAGAACAGUUUGUGUAGGUUCUAAUUCGGGCGAUGUGUUCUUUUAUGAAACACAAGGACUUAAAUAUAAUACACAAGUUUUGGUCAAACAUGCUCGUAAUAAGCAUGGUAAGAAAGUGACAGGUAUUGAACCUAUGCCUGGAAUGCCCUUAGGGGAAGAAAGAAUCCUUGUUACAACAAAUGAUUCAAGAGUAUGGAUUAUCAAUAUGAAGGAUAAAAGUUUUGUUUAUAAAUAUAAAGGUAUAGAUAAUUCAUCUAUGCAAAUUCGUGCCUCAUUUAGUGACGACGGUCGUUACAUUAUUUGUGGAUCUGAAAAUGGCUGUGUCUAUCUAUGGCGUACAGAUCAAGUGAACUAUUCUCCGUUUCAAUAUUUGCACGACAGUAGCAUCAAAGCAGCAGUUGCUUUAGGACAUUUAGGUGACCAAAUUAUACAAAAUGCAUUGCAGACGAGCAAUAAAUUUUCUGAAGAAGAAUUUAGUGGCAUCACAGGCUGGUUAAAAAGAGGAGAGCGACGUAUGAUUGAUAAAUUGAGAAGCAGAAAUGAGCAUUUUAUGGCUCAUCAACAUACUGUAACUUCAGCUAUCUUUGCUCCUACAAGAACAAGACAACUUUUAGCCAAGGCUGGUGGAGAUAUCAUUUUCGAUAACACACCUGUAUAUACCCAUCGAUGUAUGAAUAAUCAAGAAGAAGAUAAUGAUAGUAGUUUAAAAUAUGAUGACGAUGAAACUUCGUUUAGCAGAAAGAGUAAGACUUCGUCCUCCUAUAACGAUGAUCGAUCUGAAAGUAGACAUCAACAGCAAAUGAAUGAAUUGCACAAAUAUUUAUUAAAUAAAUUUGAAAAGGCAAAUCAAGAAGAAAGAGAUCGAUUUGAUUAUCCUGAUAGUCAGAUUAUCAUUUCUGCUGACUUACACGGAGCUAUCAAAGUAUGGCGUAUGGAUUCUGGCUACUACAAUACCGAGGAAGACGAGAAACAUCAUAUAAAGAAAAUGAAUUCUACUUCAAAUAAUAGUAGCCUCCUAGAAGAGUCAACAUAUCAUAACUUAUUUAAACCUGUACAUAAAAACUUGAAUACGAUUUCAGAAUCAAGUUCAGUAAAUAGUAUUAAAUCAGCCAAGAAAACUGGUCUUUCUAGCCUCUUUUCCAAGCUCAAGCAUUAGUUUUACUCAUAUAACAAUAUUUUUUUUUCAACAUCUAUUCAUUUGUAUUUGUAUAGCAUAUAAUUAUCAUUUUUUUUAUUAUUAUUAUUUAAUUGUACAUUAGUAUAGACAUAC